AUGGUUGUAUCUACUCUCAUAGCCACAGUUGUGUUUGCUGCAAUUUUUACCGUACCAGGAGGAAACGUUUCGGGUCCUGCUUUUCAAAUGCAGAGAGAAUUACAGUGGUUUCAGGAGGUGGAAAAAAUUGUGAACGAUAAAUGGAAGUGGCAAAUGAACUCACAAGGAAAAACACCAAGGGAAUUGUUCACAGAAACUCACAAAGAUUUGCGCGAAAAGAGCGAACAAUGGAUGAAGGAUACAUCAAACUCAUGCAUGGUUGUAUCUACUCUCAUAGCCACAGUUGUGUUUGCUGCAAUUUUUACCGUACCAGGAGGAAACACAACUGACAAUGGCGUAAUGAUGCUUCUAUCUAAAUAUUCUGUUAGCAUGGUUUUAAAUGAAAGAAUACCUAUCCACCUAUGGCCCCAGCAUGAUACUAACCCUGAUGCAUCAGUAGUUUAA